GUGCUCUAUGCAAUAUACGCACUAAGUAUCAUUUCCUCCUUGGCCCUGCAAAGCAUUAUUCCACAUCGAUCUGCUAUGCAGCUAAUGCUCCCUUUCGUCACAAACAGUCUUGCGGUACGGACUACCCCGCGUCCGGAUAAACACUACGUCAUCAUGGACAGUGAUUGGUUUACGGCUGAAUUCAUCCCGUGCCUGAUAGCCCUAGUUGGCGAUUCUACCUGGGGCAACAUGGCCGCUGAUCAGCACGCGCAACCGUUUCCGGGCAUUGGACUUGAUACACGUCGAGCUGCCCUGGGAGGGGGCAUUAGUGCCGGAGAAUAA